AUGAUGGCCGUCAAGUCCCUCGCCCUCGCCCUCGCCGCCGGCGCCCACUUGGCCUCCGCCCACUUCGGCCUCGUCUACCCCCCCUGGCGGACAGACUCCCUCAACUCCAAGGACCCGUCCAUCUCCCAGUGGACCUACCCUUACUGGCCCCUCGACGGCGGCAGCCUGAAGCUCGGCCUGCACCACGCCUGGGAGUACAUCUUCAUCAACCUCGGCCUCGCCGCCAACGCCGCCGGCGACGUGACCAACUUCAACAUCUCGCUGACGCCCCAGUUCCUCAACUCGUCGGGCAAGGGCGACCUCUGCAUCCCCCAGCUGAAGCUGCCCGCCGCCUUCAAGCCCGCCGAGGGCGCCCGCGCGUCGAUCCAGGUCGUCACCGUCGGCGCCGAGGGCAGCGCCCUGUACAACUGCGCCGACAUCCGCUUCACCGCCAACGCCACCGUGCUCAAGGGCGACGCCUGCCCCGCCAACCCCAACAUCACCUACUACCCCGUCAAGCAGCAGACCGCCAACGGCACCCUCGCCGACGGCUCCGGCUCCGGCUCCGGUUCCGGAGGCAGCGGCGGUAACAGCAGCGCGGGCGGCGGCAAGAGCGCCGGCUCGCUCGCGGGCGUGGACAAGACCGCCCUGGCGUCUGUCGUUGGUCUGACGGCGGCCCUGGUCUAUGGUCUGGGUUUCUAG